AUGCAAUCUUUUCUUGUCAUUACUUUAAUUUUAAGUACUGCGAGUAUAGUAUAUACCCAACCUCCAUCGCUUCAACAUGCUUCACUCGAAUCUAGCAAUCAGUUUCGCGCAAAUGAAAUCAAAAAUGCAUUCCUAUAUGCAUUUAAAGGAUAUAAAAAAUACGCUUGGGGACACGAUGAGGUUCAACCGGUUACAAAUACUACAAGUGAUAACUAUAAUGGAUGGGGUGUAACCAUUGUCGAUUCUCUGGAUACAAUGAUCAUCAUGGGAAUUGAAUAUAAUGAUUCAAGAGAGUUUAUAAAGAAUUUGGAAUUUACUGUAAAUAAUGGCUCGACGAAAAUCAACGUUUUCGAAACCGUUAUUCGAUACUUAGGAGGAUUGCUUUCUGCAUAUGAAUUGACAAAAGACGACCUCUUCCUAAACAAAUCUAUAAAGUUGGGUAAUGUUUUGUUACCUGCGUUUGAUACACCCACAGGAAUACCAAUGGGAAUGGUGGAUUUGGUGAAAAAAAAAGGAGUGCACGGUGGAUAUGGUCGCAAUUCAGUUCUCGCAGAUAUUGGAACAUUACAGCUUGAAUUCAGGAGAUUAAGCGAGUUGAGCAGAAAUUCAAAAUAUUUAAAAAAGGCUCAAAAAGUAAUUGACGUUCUUCAAAGAAAAAGUACUGAGCUACCUGGUCUUUAUCCUGUUUUUAUCGAUCCAUAUACUGGAAAUUUCACAACAACUUGGGUGACUUGGGGAGGAUUAGGUGACAGUUUCUAUGAGUACCUAUUGAAACAACAUAUAAUGAUUCAAGGCAAAACUUCACAAUAUAUUGAUAUGUGGAUGUCAGCAGUAAAGACAACUAUGGAAAAGUUGGUUUAUACCGCAAAAGGAUUUCCUAACCUCACUUAUUUGGCUCAAUGGAAAAAUGGAAAACCAUUCUUCGAAAUGGGUCAUUUGGCAUGUUUUGCUGGAGGAAAUUUCCUUCUAGCUGGAAAAUUCCUCAACAAUACAUCCCUGACUAAUCUCGGGCUUAACGUAACUGCUACAUGCUAUAAUACCUACAUUGGAACUAAUACUAUGAUUAGCCCUGAAGGAUUUGGUUGGAUUUCACCGAAUUCUUCAUACAUAUUAAGACCAGAAGUCGUUGAGAGUAUCUUUUACGCAUAUCGAGUCACUCGCGAUCCUAAAUAUCAGGAUUGGGCAUGGAACAUUUUCAAAUCUAUUAACAAAUUUUGUAAAACCUCUACUGGGUUUUCUGGUCUAAAUAAUGUUACUAGCCUAAUUAAUGAUUGGAAUAAUUCACAACAAAGUUUCUUCUUUGCAGAAACGUUAAAAUAUCUUUAUCUAAUAUUUAGUAAUACUAGUUUAAUUUCUUUAGAUGAGUGGGUGUUUAAUACUGAAGCACAUCCAAUUAGAAUUGGCGGUGGUUAA